AUGAGAUCAAAUCCCGCGGGAUUAACAUCCAGUUCGCUUCAUACGCUCACGCUCGCACAGACUCAUGUAUCUUUUCAAGGAAACGUGAGCGCGCGCGCACUACGACGCGGGUGUGCGUGCUACGGAUGCCGGUGCGCCGUCAGUGCCACUUAUAUCGAUCGUUCCAGUGGAUCUAGGGGCGAUAUCGUCGAUAUAUCGCUGCAGAGCUCUCGCAUUAUAUCCCGCAAUCGUGCGCGGUGCGCAAACCAGUUACGAAUUAUCGUCGCGACGGCGCGGAUAAUCUGGUCACUGGUGCACAACGCGUCCUGUAUAUUUCGAAUUCUGCACGAUAUUAUCGCGAGUGUGCGAAGAACGACCGUAUCGCAUUUUUCGGGAAAUACAAUAGCCUCGAUCACGCGAUCCUGGCGUCUUGCUGCUUUAACGCGACUGCUCGUUAAUCAGGAAGGGUUUCUCGAUAAACUUGGCGAUUAUCAUGAUUGCCGGUAUGAGCGGAUCGGCCGAGGGAGCUGCUGCCCUAAGGCUGAUGUACGUGCGUUUAAUGUGCAUCACGGCGGAAAAAAAGGAAAAAAACAGAAAAUCCGACGCCACCAGGAUCGAUAUAUCGGAUGCGAUACGUCACGACAAGCGGCAGGUAUUGCCCUUUUCCAAAUCGAUUUUUAUUUGAAUCGACGCUUCGAAUUAAAGAUGAGAAUCAGUAUCGUGCCAGAGAGACCAGCUCAUGUUGGACAUACGUUUCGUUUAUGUAUUUAUUGUACGAAAAAUUACGAAGAAAUUGCUAAAUGUUUCUUUUGGAACAAUAUAGAUAUUUUUAACUGCGUCUUAUUAAAAUUGGUAGAAAUAUUACCGUUAAUAAAUUAGUGAAUUAAUAACAUAUAUUUUAUUUAAAAAAAACACAAAUUAUAAAUAAAAAAUAAAAUUAUGAAUAAAACUUAAUAAAUUUUGUGAUAAAAGAAAUGAAAGUCUGAUUUAAGACCAGCCGCGUAAAUUAAGUGUUUUAAAUUAUUCGCCGUGAGAGAAUAGAUAAAUUAAAAUAACAUGUUAUUGAAGUUACAUGAAUUUUAUUUAAAAUAUAUGAAUUUUUCUGCUGCUAAUAAUGUACUCUUUCGUAUAAUAAAAUUAAUUUUUAUUAAAGAAUUGUUGAAAUUUUGAAUAUAUGGACAGAUGGAAAAUUACAUUUUGAUGUAAAUAAAAGUUAACUCAUAUUUUAAAUUAUUCUACGCGUUCAUGUAUUUGAUAUAUAUAGGUAUUAAUAGAUCUACAUAUUAACUUUAAAAAACUAAAAUGUUAAUAAUAAUUUGUUAAUUAUAAUGUUGAAUAAAAAUUUGUUAAUGUAAAUAAAACUCUAAUAUAAAUGAAAAAUAAAAUUCAUUACAUUGUAGCUAUCAAAAAUAUGUUCUUACAAAAAUAUUAUUCGAAUCAAUUCAGAGUUGAAGAAAAAAUCUUACUUUAUUAAAAAAUAAUUAUAAACGGUAAAAUAUUGUUCACGGAUGCCUACCCUGGGCUGCGCAUCGACUUAACAAUUAACCUGUAAUGAUUUUGUAAUACUUUAUGUAUUAUAUUUCCUUUGGCAGCCUUUGGUUAAUUUUCUUCUUAAAGAUAAGAUGACUAAAUAAUCGUAAAGAUCUAUAAUUGAUAUAUAAAAAUACGAAAAAUAGAGUAAAAUGUUAAAAAAACCAAUAUCACAAUUAUUUUUCUAACAGCGUCUAUCGUCUAUGUAUAUGUUUAUAAAUAUAUAUUUAACAUAAGCAGUCCCAAACAAAAGUGUUAAUACGUCAAAGUGCGAAAAACAAUUAUUCCUUUCUUUUUUUAAACAUUAUAUAAGUUAUGUAAGUUUGAUUGAUUCUUUCGCUAUAAUGCCAAAACUAUAUGUAUAUAUUAUAAAUAAUAUUUAUAAAUAUUUAGGAUAGAGAUUUAUAAGCUUCUUCGUGUUGUAUUAAUUGUUACUUAACAUAAUUUUCUAACAAUAUUGUCGGCAAAUAAUUACCUUAAAUUUCUCGAUAACUUGCGAACAACUUCCAUUUACUUUGGUUUACCUUCGUGAAGAACAUCUGAUUACCUUCUGGACGUUUGCUUGCUGCUUUGCAGUGCGUAUAUUUAUUGAAAGUUACCGACAAACCUGCCCAACGCUAUCCUGUACGCUAUUUUGACAUGAUUGUUCAUUUUGUGAGCUCCUCCCUUAUAGAAAAGUAUUACUUGGUUGUUAAAUAAUAAAUUACUAUUGCUCAGUAAUUUUAUUAUUACUGGCUAAUAAUUUUAAGUAUUUAAAUUACAAGGUUACUAAUGUUACAAAGUAAUUCAGUGAUUAUAGUGACAAUCACUGAUGAUAAUCACUGAUGUAUUAUUCUCUUCUGAUGAAGUACAAAUUAUUUCAUAAUAGCGAGAUAGAUGAGAUCAAUUUUCUCAUGAUAGUAUUUGUUUCAUAUCUUGUACUUUUUAAAAUUAACUUAUUAUUUGUUCUAGUUCAUUAUAAUGUUUAGUUAAAAAUUUAAAAGCAGACAUAUUAUUACUUCGCUGUUCAUAUACAUUAUAUCAAUAUAGUUGUAUUCUGAUUGUUGACGAGUCAUUUUCGAUA